UACAUUUUUCGAAAGCAUUUCAUUCUCCGACAGUCUCUCUCUCUCUCUCUCUCUCUCUCUCUCUCUCUCUCUCUCUCACAUCUCCUCUUACAUUACUGAAACUUUUCCAUUUCCAGCAAUCUUUUUUUUUUUGGUCGACUUCUAAUCUCAUAAAAGAAAACCAUGAACGUUGAUUAUGGUCAUCACCCUCAGCAGUGGUCGGGUGGUCUUUGUAACUGUGGAGAAAAUUUUUGUACAUGUUGCCUCACAUGCUGUCUCCCAUGCAUCACCUUCGGCCGAAUCGCAGAAAUCGUCGACGAAGGACGAAGUUCUUGCCUUUCCCAAGGCCUAGUGUAUGGGUUGUUGUUCACGAUUAAUUUCCAGUGGGUCUACUCAUGCUUGUAUAGAAAGAGAUUGCGCCAAAAUUUUGGCCUGCCGGAGGAGCCUUGUGGUGAUUGUUGUGUUCAUUUCUUCUGUGAACCGUGUGCCCUCUGCCAAGAACAUGCUGAGCUCAAAUCUAGAGGCUUCGACCCCUCCAAAGGUUGGAUUGGGACACCAACUGCUGCUCCACAGGUGCCUUCUUCCAUGAUCAAAUGAUCGCCAAUAUACUUGGCGGACAAUUAAUGUCGUGUUUGUCUUCUCCAUGUCUUUUUUGUUUUUGUUUGAUGGAAUUUGCUUUGUGUUGUAUGAAUAUAUAUUGAUGUUGAUUAAGUGUGUGUAUAAGCGAGGAUGUUCCAGAUCCAACGUAUUGUAAUGAAUGUGCCGUUGUUUGGUUUGUGUUCU